UCGUCCGCCCGUCUAGACGUUGACCGUGAACAAACGUUUUUGUAUAAUAUUUAACGUAAAUUCGUUCCGCGCAAGUGUCGUCUAAUUUGUUGAAGUAUUAUUUUAAAAAUGGAUGUGAGACAUUUUGUUUUUGUGUUUUUCGUGUGUGUGGUUCACGGAUUUACUUUGCCUUAUGAGGGGUUGUUUAAGCUGGAUAUCGUGCAUUAUAAUGAUUUCCAUGCAAGAUUCGAAGAAACCUCCGUCGACACCCCAUCCUGUCGUUUCAACAACAACUCCUGCCUCGGCGGAUUCCCUCGCCUGUACCACGAGAUCCAGGUCUUGAUGAAGGAGAAGCCAGAUGCCGUCCUCCUGAACGCUGGGGACAGCUUCCAGGGGACUUACUGGUAUACGCUGUUGAAGUGGAAUAUUACGCAGCAGUUUAUGAAUCUGCUAAAUCAUGAUGCUCAUGCCAUCGGCAACCACGAAUUUGACGACGGCCCCGCAGGCCUGGCGCCGUAUCUCUCCGCUCUGAAGGCCCCAGUCCUCGCCGCUAAUAUGGACGUCAGCAGGGAACCGUCUCUGCAGGGGCUGUUCAAGCCCAGUAUCAUCAUCAAGAGGAAGGGCAGAAAGAUUGGGAUCAUUGGAUUGAUUACACAGGAUACUAAGACUCUUUCGUCAGCUGGCAACGUAGAGUUCACUGACCCCGGUGAGGCCACGAAACGAGAAGCCGAGGCGCUCACUAACCAUGGGGUGGAUAUCAUCAUACUACUCUCUCAUUGCGGGUUGGAAAUUGACAAGAAACUCGCCCGCGACUACGGGAAAUACAUCGACAUUAUCAUCGGAGGGCACACCCAUUCUUUACUAUGGAACGGGCCGUCGCCCAGUGGCGAGGCAGUCGCCGGCCCCUAUCCCGUUUUUGUCGAGAACGUUGCUGACAAGCACAAGGUGCUAAUAGUGCAAGCAUCAGCAUUUACCAAAUACAUGGGCAACAUGUCUGUGUACUUCAACUUCCGCGGCCAGUAUGUGAAGCAUGAUGGCGGACCUAUAUUCCUCGAUCGGACAAUUGCUGAAGACGAAGUCAUCAAAGCCAAGCUAGCCCCAUACGCCAAGCUGGUUCACGAAGCCGAAAGCGUACCUAUAGGCGAGACUCAGACCACGCUCAACUAUGAAGACUGUGUGUUCGGCGAGUGCGCGCUGGGAGAUGUGCUGGUCGAUACCUUUAAUGAUCAAGCCAAAGCUGUAAUAAAGGCGGAUAAGGAUUACCUAUCGUUUAUCCAGAGGGGCAAUAUAAAAGCGUCUAUACUCAAAGGAGCAAUCACCCAAGGCUCAAUCUUCGAGCUCCUACCCUACAACGACCGUAUAGAAACGUUCGAGCUGCAGGGUAGACACGUCCUGGAGGCUCUGGAGCGAAGUGUGCGUGAUGCCUGGGCAUACACGCCGUUCAAAGGACCCUGGGUUCUUCAAGUGUCUGGUCUACGCGUGGCGUACAACGUGACACUACCCGAAGGUAGUCGGGUCAUGUCAGCAACCACGACCAAAGGCAAUUUGAAGCCCGACCAGAUGUACCAAGUUACUGCUCCGAUCUACUUGGCCGAUGGUGGAGAUGGUUUCACGAUGUUCAAAGAUAACAGGGUCAACCGGCAGGUCAUAGGUCGCGACCAGAAAUUAUUCGAAACUUACAUAAAGAAACAUUCGCCGUUAAACAUAACAACAGAUGGACGUAUUAAAAUAAAUUAUUAAAAUAAAUAAAUAUCAAACCUU